AUGGUGCGCAGUAACGGCAUCCUGAGCGGAUUCUUGUUUGCGUAUGACGCCUUCCUGCUGAUAUGGGCAUGCUUAACUCAGGGUCUGUCUGCCCACAAGAUUCGUCGGCUUAUCAUUAUUGGAAUGGGUGGUAGUACUGUGGCACUUGGGAUGCUUGUACCUCAGCUUCUAGCUUACCGAACCUACUGCUUGACCGACCUAAAUCGCGAAUGGUGUGGCUGGACACUACCCAGUAUUUACACUUGGGUCCAGAGCUACUAUUGGAAUGUUGGGUUUCUUCGGUACUGGACCGUCUCCAAUAUUCCUCUUUUCUUGCUCGCGACACCAGUCCUAUUUAUCCUGGGUAGAUCAUCCGUGUGGGCUCUCCGAGCACCCUCGACUUUGCGGUCCCAGACCGGGACUCAGGCACCCUCGUCGCUUAGUCCUGGCUCCAUGCUUUUCCGCCUGGCGGUGCCCCAGGGCCUACUGGCGAUCAUGGCCCUCACGAGCUAUCACGUUCAGAUUGUCAAUCGAAUCUCGUCUGGGUAUCCUGUAUGGUAUUGGUAUCUCGUAUCGAUCGGUAUGGAAUGCCUCCAGGACCCCCGCAAGAACCACCGCAUUUUAACGCUUGCCGCACAAGCCAUGGCAGCCUAUGCAUUGAUCCAAGGGGUUCUAUAUGGUUCUUUCUUACCGCCGGCGUAA